AUGCUGAUAGGAACUGUGCCAAACGUUCGCUGGGCCUUCUACAGGGCUUGUACACUGGGCCUUAACAUGAAUCGGGCUUUUACCUGGCUACCUCAAGUUGGGCCGCGUGAUGGGCUGAGGGGUGGCCACACCUGGGAGCGGGAGCACACAGCAGAUUUAUUGAGGAAAUUUGGCAAGAUUGACUGCAAGCCGUUAUCGACACCAAUUGAAGCAAACGCCAAGAUAUGUGCUCAAGAUGGAAAAGACUUGGAGGAUGCAACUAUGUACAGGAAGCUGGUCGGAAACCUAAUCUACCUAACCCUAACACGGCCAGACAUUUCAUAUGCAGUGGGAAUUGCAAGUCGAUUCAUGGAGAAACCAAAGAAGCCACACCUCGAGUUAGUCCAGCGCAUACUAAGGUAUGUAAAAGGAUCAAUCGAUUAUGGACUAUUUUAUCAAAAGAAUAAAGAUAUAAAAAUUAUUGGCUAUUGCGACGCGGACUAUGCAGGAUGUGGUGAUACGAGAAGGUCCACUACUGGGUAUGUGUUCAAGUUUGGGUCAGCUGCAAUAUUAUGGUGUAGCAAAAGACAACCGACAGUGUCCCUAUCUACAGCAGAGGCUGAGUAUCGAGCAGCAGCAAUUGCGGCACAAGAAACCACAUGGCUUAUGCAAUUAUUUAGAGAUCUACAUCAGUCAUUUAGCUAUGCGGUACAACUAUAUUGUGAUAAUCAAUCUGCUAUACACAUAGCAGAAAAUACCGCAUACCACGCUAGAACAAAACAUGUUGAAGUUCAUUAUCACUUCGUUAGAGAAAAAGUGCUCAAAGGGGAGAUAGAGAUGAAGCAAGUUGGUACAGAAGACCAAGUAGCCGACGUUUUCACCAAAGGGCUCAAUUUUUCAAAAUUUAAAGAGUUCUGA